AUGGAAACAAUAAACAAAAUCCUGGAUAUUGAUGAACAUUCCUUUAAUAUAGAACACGAUGUAAUAAUAGAAAAUGAGACUACUGAUUUUUUCACUAAAUUUCUUACCGACUAUUCUGAUUUUGCUAAAGAACAGUUAGAUAUAUCUGAUUUAAAUCAAUUGAAUGAAUAUCUGCAAUUACUAGAGAAGAAGUAUUGCAAAUAUGAAGAUACAAUACAAAAUAUAAUACCACCUCUAACUCAAUACAUGACCAACCUUAAUACCAAACUAUCUGAAUACACAACAGAAUUAAACCUAAUUAAAGAUAAAUCAGAUGAAUUGAAAACUAUAUACAAUUACAACUCUAGAAAAUUAGCUAACAUUAGCCCCGUUGUUAAUGAUCUGUUAAUUCCUCCACAAGUAGCUCGUGAAAUCAUUUUAGGUAAAGUUAAUUCUAGUUGGAUUGAUCAUAUAGCAUUUAUAAAAGACAAACAAGCAAUGUAUUCCAAAUAUAUGCACAAUAAUAUAAAAGAGUCUAAUAAUACCACACCUGUAAUAUUACCUACUGAUUUCAAGAAGCUCUGUGAAGUGCUGAAAAUUUUGAAGACUGUUAUUUUGGAAAGAUCCAAAAAAUUUCUGAUUUCUAGAAUUAGAAUACUAAGAAGCUGUAAUCCUAUUCCUUCUCAACGUGUUCAAAAUCAAUUAUUAAGAUUGAAAAAUAUGUUUAAAUUUAUUAUCGAAAAUAAUAUGUCAUUAGCUUUGGAAAUUAGACAAGCUUAUGCAUAUACAAUGAGAUGGUAUUACAAAGAAUAUUUUUCCCGUUACAUUAGAUCACUAACUAUAUUACAAUUUACCCCAAUAGAUAAUCAAUACUCGUUAGGCCAUAUAGUUAAUAAUAGUAAUAUAUCAACUUCUCUAUUUUCAACCUACUUAUCAAACUCAUAUGGUUAUUCAUCGGCAGUUAGUAACGAUGCUAUCAAAGAGUAUUUCCAGAUCAACAAAAGAUUAUCAAUACUUACACAAGAAGAUAAUACAGUCAUGGUUUCACAAAUUGCUGAAAAUAACAAGAAUACUAAAAAUAAUUUUAUUGAGAUAGGUUUUAAAAACUUGAACUUAGCGAUAUUGGAUAAUUGCACAGUGGAAUUUAAUUUCCUUAAAGACUUCUUUCAAAUUUCGGAUAAUGUAGAAGAAAUAAAUGGUAUCCUAGAACAAAUAUUUCAUCCUACAUUUGAACAGGCAUUAACUUAUAUCGAACAAAUUUUAAUUAACCCAAAUAUCUUUGACAUCUUUGGCGUGUUGAUUUCAAUUAGAAUUGGUCAAAAAUUACAACUGGAAUCCUUAAAAAGAUCUAUUCCAAGUUUUGUUGAUUAUCUAAAUGAUCAACUAAUGAUGUUAUGGCCAAAAUUUCAGCAACUAAUUGAUUGGCAAUCUGAAUCGCUGAAUAACCUUUCUGUAACAACUCUGAAUUUGGAGGAUACAGAUUUAUUAUCUCAACCUCAUGAAUUGACUAUUUCAUUUACACUUUUCUUAGAAAGUUUAUUGACUCUAUCGAUAGAUGAUUCAUGUGCAAUAAACUAUUAUUUUAGUAAUAAGGAAGAUGCUGACAUUGAUUAUAAAGACAAUUGUACUGAUCCAGAAAAAAAUACUAAUAAUAAUUCAAGAUUUGACCCUAAAGCAGAACCAUUAUAUCAAUCUAUUAUAAGAAUUCGGAAUGAUUAUGAAACUGUUAUGACAAAAUUCAGCAAAAUAACAAAAUCUGCAGAGAAAUUUUUAUCUAUAAACUAUUUAUAUUUAUACAAUUCAUUACAGCAACAAAACAAUUUAUCAGCACAUACUAUUGAUAACGAAAUAUUGUACAAUAAAAGCAAAAAUGUAAAUAAAUUGAGUGUACUACAAGAAAUAGAAUUACAUUUUGAAACAUUAGUAAAAGCAUACACCAAGAAUUCAUGA